AUGAAGGUCAUUACAAGAGAGGAGUUGGAAAAGCACAACUCUGAUGGCGAUGUCUGGAUGGCCAUCCAUGGCUUGGUCUACGAUGUUUCCAAGUUUUUGCCAGAUCAUCCCGGAGGUGCACACCUGCUACAAGACGUCGCUGGUAGAGAUGCUUCCGGAGAGUUUGAGGAUGCGCUGCACUCGGAGCAAGCUCGAAAAGAGGAGGCCAUUGUCUUAAAAGGUGUGCUCGAGGGCUGUGAAAAACAAGUCGAGAAACACAAAGAAGCUGGAUGGACCGAAGAACAAGGAAUACCAGAUCCAGAGACGCAGGAAGGGGGGGGCUAUGGAUCCUCGCGAUCGAUAGCAGCCAUUGUACUGCUUGUUGGCAGCCUCGGGGCUGCGCUGGCGGCAGUUGCCUUCUUGAAGUCUCGCAGGAAGUAG